CUCCUCUCCCACCACUAACCAACAACUCCUCUGGGUUCUUUCCACCUCUUUCUAAAACACCAUGAUUUCUCUCCUAUGGAGAACAGUGGCCUUUGCUGUAAUUCUGCUCCAACUUCACAUUUGCAUUCAAGUUAAGUCCUUCCCUGCUCUCCUUGAUCGGAUUGCUCUCUUACCCGGCCAACCCCCGGUGGUGUUUCAACAGUACUCCGGUUAUGUGACCGUUGAUGACAAAAGGCAGAAAUCUUUGUUUUACUACUUUGCUGAAGCUGAAGUUGAUCCUGCCUCCAAGCCUCUUGUUCUUUGGCUCAACGGAGGACCUGGGUGUUCUUCAUUGGGAGUUGGGGCAUUUUCUGAGAAUGGACCAUUUAGACCCAGUGGUCCAUUUCUCGUUAAUAAUGAAUAUAGCUGGAAUAGAGAAGCAAAUAUGCUGUAUUUGGAAACGCCCAUUGGAGUUGGCUUCUCUUAUUCCACUGAUUCCUCCUCUUAUGAUCCUGUCAGUGACAAGAUCACUGCCAGGGACAAUCUGGUGUUCUUGGAAAACUGGUUCAUCAAGUUCCCACACUACAGGAAUAGAAGUCUGUUCAUCACAGGAGAAAGCUACGCCGGUCAUUAUGUACCCCAGCUAGCUGAACUUAUGCUUGAGUUCAACAUGAAGGAGAAGUUGUUUAAUUUGAAAGGAAUUGCGUUGGGAAAUCCAGUAUUAGAAUUUGCUACUGAUUUUAAUUCGAGGGCUGAGUACUUCUGGUCUCAUGGAUUGAUAUCAGAUACUACAUACAAGAUUUUCACUAGUGCUUGUAAUUAUUCUCGGUUUGUUAGUGAGUAUUACAGAGGAACUGUUUCUCCUAUUUGUUCAAGGGUGAUGAGUCAAGUCACUAAAGAAACAAGUAGAUUUGUGGACAAUUAUGAUGUUACCCUUGAUGUCUGUAUAUCAUCUGUGCUCUCACAAUCCAAAGUUCUUGCUCCUCAGGCAAUUGGCGAGACUAUUGAUGUAUGUGUAGAAGAUGAAACAGUUAAUUACCUAAACAGGAAAGAUGUUCAGAUGGCCCUCCAUGCCCGUCUUGUAGGAGGUCGCCGAUGGGCUGUUUGCAGCAAUAACAGCAUCCUUGAUUAUAAGCUUCUUGAUGUGGAGAUACCAACCAUCACUAUUGUUGGCAAACUCAUCAAAGGAGGAAUUCCUGUCUUGGUUUACAGUGGAGACCAAGACUCUGUCAUCCCAUUGACUGGGAGUCGAACAUUAGUAGAUCAAUUGGCAAAGGAAUUGGGAUUAAAAACCAUUGUCCCAUACAGAGUCUGGUUUGCAGGGCAGCAGGUUGGUGGCUGGACUCAGGUUUAUGGUAAUAUCUUAUCCUUUGCCACCAUUAGAGGAGCAUCACAUGAAGCUCCAUUCUCACAGCCUGAAAGAUCACUUGUUCUGUUCAAGGCAUUCUUGGGGGGCCAGCCUCUUCCAGAAACAUUCUGAUCUUCUCCAAUUAUUUGUUUGAUGGGGACACAAUUGAGAAUUGUAAGUAGAGUUUUACUGUUGAAGGCUUGUUAAAUGUUUGUGUAUGAGAAUUCCAUUUGUUGUUCUUAUGUUCCUUGCUUUAUUACUGCAUGUACGAAAAAUUUUGUAAUGAUCUCAAGUAAAGAAAAAGGAUUUGUGUUC